AUGGCACCCCCUUCAUCACCAUCGUCCCUUCUUCCUUCGAAACCCCAUUACGCCAUAACCAUCAUAACCUUCUUAAUCCUCACUUGUUCCCAUGUUCCAGUAGUAGAACCUCUUAAAGCACCCAUUUUUCCACACGACCUUCUUCCGUUAUUACCCCGUCAAGUUUCAUGGUCCAUUCUCACUUCCCUCCGAGCCGCCACCGAUCUUUUGCCCACCUUCGUUGGCGCCGCCUCUAUUUCCAACAAUUCUUAUAUAAAUUGGAAAGGCUCUUGCUUUUAUGAGAACUCUGCCUGGUUAGAGCUACAUAAUAAAACCGGCAGUGAAUUUGGUGGAGGCACUCUCCAUAUCAAGGUGAAAAAGAAUGGAGUUUCCAUUUUUCUCUUGGAAGCAGGGAUGUUAGGAACCCUUGAAGCAUUGUGGGAGGUCUUCCCGUUGUUUACAAAUACUGGAUGGGGGGAAAGUGCAAAUCUUGCUUUUCUAAAGAAAAACAUGGGAGCUAAAUUUGAAGAGCGACCCGAGCCAUGGGUAACUAACAUUAACAUAGAUGACAUACAAUCAGGAGAAUUUCUUGCAAUAUCCAAGAUCCGAGGGUUAUGGGGCGGGUUUGAGACUCUUGAGAAAUGGGCAUCCGGGGCUUACGCGGGUCACUCCGCUGUUUGCUUGAGGGAUUCUGAAGGAAAACUGUGGGUUGGAGAAUCUGGACAUGAAGAUGAAGAGGGUGAAAAUCUUAUUGCGAUGAUGACAUGGGAAGAGUGGUGGGAGUUUGAGCUGACAAAAGAUAAUACAAAUCCACAUAUUGCAUUGCUUCCUUUGCAUCCUGAUCUUCGGGACAAGUUUAAUGAAACGGCUGCAUGGGAGUAUGCAAAAAGCAUGAUAGGAAAACCAUACGGUUAUCAUAAUUUGAUAUUUAGCUGGAUCGACACCAUUGAUGGAAAUUAUCCACCACCAUUGGAUGCUCAUCUGGUUGCUUUUGUUAUGACCAUAUGGAACCAAGUACGACCCGAAUAUGCAGCCAAUAUAUGGAACGAAGCCUUGAACAAGCGGCUUGGUACUCAGGAUCUUGAUCUUCCGGAGAUCUUGGUAGAAGUGGAAAGGCGUGGAUCAUCUUUCGCGCAGCUAUUAACUAUUCCUGAACAGGAUGACUGGACAUAUGUGGAUGGAAAAUCAGCUUCUUGUGUUGCAUUCAUCCUUGAAAUGUACAAAGCAGCUGGACUUUUUGGUGAUCUUGCAAACUAUAUUCAAGUUACUGAAUUCACGGGGAAGUAUUGGAUGGAGCUGUCGGGAUACAAUAUUACUGAGCCGUACCCACAUAUGGCUGAAAGCUGCCCCUCCAUGCCCCCAGAUUACUCCAGACCCAAGUAUUGUUGA